GGCGUCCACGUUGAUGUUUGGGGAGGAAGGUGAAAUCGCUCGAAUCCACCACAGUUGGAAAACAUGUAAAUAAUAUAAGGAAAAGAGGGACGAUUGGAGGUCCACGGUUGCAGGCCAACACAAGCUUGUGCUCGUGCUGGUCUUUGGGUGUCUUACCCCAGUACAUAACGAAGAUGAGGCAGUUAACAGGUACGCCAAACUGAUGUUAGUCAUGUAAUCUACUAAUGCCACAUGAUAGUCCAUCGGGUGCACAAGAACGGAGCUUAGCAGAACACACGUAGAAUUGUCCGCCAUGAUGCCAAGUUGACAGACUAUAAAAGAGGACGUCCGAUGAUGACAGAAACAUAACCUGAAUCAAGGCGACCAAAGAUUCUCAACAUGAAGACUUUCAUCCUCUUGUGCCUGUGCCUGGCUGCUGCCAGUGCUACUCUUGCUCCUCUUAAGAAGGUGUCUCAGCGCAUCCCCAACAAGUACAUCAUCAAGAUCAAGGAUGGUUCCAAGUUGGAUGAGUUUGUCGACCGUCUUGAGACCCGUACACGAUCCCUCAACAUCCCCGCCUCCAUCCUGAAGAAGUUCCGUACCGUCAUGUCCGCUGUUGUGGCUCACAUCCCAGACAGGUUCAUCGACACCAUCCGUUCUUUCGAGGGCAUUGAGUACAUUGAGGAAGAUGGUAUCGUCAGGACCCAGGCAGUCACUUGGGGUCUCGACCGUUCUGACCAGAGAUACCUCCCCUUGGACGGCAGCUUCAACCCAUCCGGAACUGGUGCUGGAGUCAACGCUUACGUGAUUGAUACCGGAGUCAACCCCAACCACUGGGAGUUCUCUGGCCGUGCUACCGCCUGGUACGAUGCCCUCGGCGGCAGCGGAGUUGACUGCAACGGACACGGAACUCACUGCUCCGGUACCGUCGGCAGCAACACUUACGGUGUAGCAAAGGACGUCACCAUUUACGGUAUCCGUGUGCUCAGCUGCAUUGGAUUCGGCUCCAACAGUGGUGUUGUUGAUGGAAUUGACUUCGUUGGAUCUAACGGACAGCUGCCCGCUGUUGUCUCCAUGUCCCUCGGUGGUGGUGCAUCUUCUGCUACCGAUAACGCCGUAGAGAACCUCGUCAACCUCGGCUUCACCGUAUCUGCUGCCGCUGGUAACGAGAACGUCGAUGCCUGCAACUCUUCCCCCGCUAGAGUAUCUACCGCCAUCACUGUCGGUGCCACCGACAGCAGCGAUGCCAGAGCUUCCUUCUCCAACUACGGUUCAUGUGUGAGUAUCUUCGCUCCUGGUGUAGACAUCACCUCAACAUGGCACACCACUAACUGGGGAACCAACACCAUCAGUGGAACCUCCAUGGCCUGCCCCCACGUUUCCGGUGCCGCCGCCAUUAUGUUGGGCAACAACCCAUCCCUGAGCCCAGCUGCACUCAAGUCAUCCAUGCUCUCUAGCUCUACCUCCAACGUUGUGUCUAACGCAGGUUUCCGAUCCCCCAACAAGAUGCUCUACAUCGGCAACUAAGUUUGGCGAGAACUGACGAAUGUUUUGGAUGGACACUAUGCAUCUAUAACAUUAAAUACACAUUUUGAUUAAUAUUUAAAAUAUUUUAAAAUUAAAAGUAAUGACUGUUCGUAU